AAUUUCUGUUAUCGUUAUUACAUCCCGGACGUCUACGUACAUUCAAUAUUAGAUAAUUCUUUUGCCAAAUGGAAGACGUUUAAAACUAUUUUCCAACGUUUGUUGGCUUGUUAAUUUAAAAAAUGGAAAAAUAUUAUUGAUACAGAAACUAAAUGUACUUAUCGAAUAGCGAGAUCGGCGCAACGCUUUGACGAUAGAUGACGUAUAAAGCAUUUCGCCGUAUUAAUAAUCUAGAUUUACGUGUAGUGGCUCCAAUCUAAGAUAACGGCGUACAAGCAAUGUUCCACUUUGAAUUUUUCAUAAUAAACGAAAGGCAAUCGAAUCUAAUUGCUGCUUAUUACUAUCUUUCGCGCGAUGCUCUAUUAUAAUUGUUAUAAUUACUUUUGCAAAAUAUAAUGUCGGCAAACAGUCAAUUUUUCUGCUUCCAAUAUUUUUUGAUGCGUAGGAAAAUAUUUUUUUUUAUCAAUUAUUAAUCAUAAUGGAAACAUACUUUUUCGUAUCAUAUAUGUUUUCGUAACGAAGACAUAAUUUAGUAACGUUAGAAUCAAUUGUACUGGAGACAUGUAUAUUUAUCGUUAGUCAACAAUUUGUUAAGAUAAUGACCUGUUAAAUUCCAGUGUAGUUGCUUUCAUUGUAGCCAUUAAUUAUGUUUUUCAUUGCAUAUUUUUAAUUAUUUGCUACUACGUCGUUUUAUGCUUUAGUCGUUUCAUUUUAUACCACGUUCCUUUCGACUAUCUGUUUUUGUACUUUAACCUACUUUAAAUAUAUCUCACGAUGCCACUAUCGAUCGAUAUUCUUGGACUGUGCCCUUUCACCUGUGCCCACCUUUUCUCUUCUCUGUAUUUCGAUCACGAUAUAUCCCUUUAAACUGUAUUUUUUAUUUAUUAUAACACAACAUAAUCAAAAUUUUGUAGAUUUCAAUAAAAAAAAAGAAAAAAAACAGGCUACAAUUGGUUAUAUUUUUCUCACGCUAGAUUGAAAACUUUCUUGGAUAAUUGUUAAAUUAGUGUUUUGUGGCCAUUAAAUUGUUUUUUUAUAUAUUACAAUUGCAAAGUAGUCGAUUAACUAUCAUAAAAUGCUAUUCUAUUUAAAAUCUUUGAUACUCGUUCAAUUUUUCGUUCAGUGAACUUAAAUUUUGCUUUGUCUUUUUUACUGACAAUUUUUAGAUUACUGCCUUUAACUAUUCUUAUUGCUGUUUCAAGUUUUUAAGUUAUAAGAACUAGCGAUACAUUCAUGGGUAGACAUUCUAAGUUCUCAAACAUCGUAUCAUGUCAUUUUAAAUCCAUGAUCAUUUAAUACAUUACAAUAUAUACUUUGCUCUUUUAACUGACAAUUUUCAAUCCAUAAAAAAUUUUAUAACGAACUACCGAUAUGGCAUUCAAGAGAAAACACAUGAAAUCUCAAGAUCAUGCAUAAAUAUAGGACCUCAAAAUUAUUUUUUAGUACUAUGAACUUUCUACUUUAUGCCUGCUGCCUGUAAACUACUCCAAAACAAUUCAAUAACCAUUACAACAAACAUCAAUCAUUCCAGUGUCAUUUCUAUUGACUUUUAUUCAAUCAAAUCAUCCUUCAACUAUCCCCUCCUUCCAAAUCUUAACUUCCCCCUUAACUUUCUCAAUCCGAUCUCCACAUCCUUCAUCAUUCAUCGACAACAUCAAACUGCACAAUCCUCCACGAUCAGGAGCAAAAAUUAUUUCUCCAAAAUUCCAUCCAGAACUUCAAAGUUUUCUUCAUUCGAUCUCCGGAAAUAGAAAAUAGAAGAAAGUUUAUGGUUAUCGCGACAAGAUAAAAGGAGAGCAGGAAAAAAAAGUAGAAUAAUCGAUUUGGAAACGCACGGUAUCGGUUUUUUCUUUUCUCACGAAUCACGAAGCUUUUGCUCGCUCAUCAGCAAUUAACCCUCUCUGAAAAAAGUAAUUUAAAACUGUUUCGUUUCGAACAUGUGGCAAGUUCUCAGCGUACCGUGCGGUCUCAUUAAUGUUACGUCAACUGUUUUCAUGGAAGUUUCAAAAGGGGCGGCGACGAAAAAUCAUCAUGAUACGACCUAACCACCCUGAAUAUUUAAUCAGUCUGUCGAGCUCUGAUUCUCGUCCGAACGAAUUAUUCAACGACAACCUAUUUCAAUCCUACACCGUGUCUUUUUCUUUCUUUUAGUAGAAACACGAUGUACGCCACUAGGCUCGAGCUUCUCCCGUUGCUUGGUCAGACAGACUGACUAUAGACAGGGUAUAAGCUACUGUCUAUAGACAGUCUAUAGACACCAAUGGCGCAGCUAAAGAAGCUGAACGAGUGGUUAUACCGGAACUGCUAUCUUGCACAAUUUUUCGUCGAAAAAUUUUAGGAAGUUCAUUCGCUCUUGUUUGCUCGCUUUAAGACGUAGAUAAUUAACGUUAUCGAGGAUUUUUUUUUUUUAAUUAUUCCGAUAUUUAACUAGUCUUUUCUUCCCUAUUUCUAAUUAAAUUAGUACGUAAUAAAUUGCUAAUAAACUGAUUUUAAGGUCGUCUGAAUGUGAUACAAACUAUUAACUGAUAUUAUUUUUGUAACAAUAGAUCUUUUUUUAAAUAGAUUGUUUGUUCUGAGUUCGCGUGGUUUUGUUCGUGUUUUAGUAUUGAUUUUAAAGUCUUUGAAAUUUAUUAUAAAGUAUUGGCUGACAAUGAGAUUAUUUUCGUGACGGUAGGUUUCUUUUUUUAAAUAGAUUCUUUUCUUCGAGUCCGAACUGUUUGUUUCGUUUUAAUUUGAUUUAAUGGUGAGCGUAAGCGCUAAUGAAACAUUCAAUUAUCAGAUGGUUUAGUGAGCACGUUCGCAGCGAGGAGAUGUUUUUGAUGUUUGUGUCUGGAAAGUUUAUAAUAAACUACUGUAAAGAAAUCUGGUUUUCAGUGGAGACUAUUUUUUACCCUUUGGAAGCACGCCAUUCCAUAGGAACUGUUUGAAUUAAAAUCAUUCAGCCUGUACCUCGAAUUAUUUCUUGCGUUCGUUUUCCUUUCUAAAAUUAUUCAUCAAUAGAUAUUUUAAUAAGUUGGAAAGCUAGUCGUAUUUAAUCUCAUCUUUUUAAAUGGUUGAAAAAUUGCUUUUACUAUAUAUGAGUAAUCUUAUCAAGCUAUAUUAAGAAAAUUACAAUGUCAUUGAGUCUAUGAGUUUUUCAAUAGCUUCGUAAAAAUCGCAGAUAUCAUUUAUUUCCAAUCGAUCAACUGUGUUGUGUAGCUCCUUUUAUCAACUGUUUAUUCAAUCCACUAUCGAUAAUCGUACAAAGACACUCUUGGAAGAGCUUCUUUAUCGCAGAUAAAGUCGAGCUUUUGCUCCUGAUAGAGAGUGGAAAGGAUAAUCUCGAACUACCACGAUAUUUUCGAUUCAGUAUCGUGAUGCAUGUUUUUCCGUGAAUGCGUAUUUUAACAACGCUGUAAGCUAUAAACCUCGUUGAACAAUAAUUUUUCUUUCCACUACAGAGUGAAUAUGUAAUUAACGCAUAAUGUAAACAACUGGAACAAUCGAUUAAUUAAACUCAAUUUUCUAUUCGUGAACUAACAAUUGUGACUCGCACGACCUAAUUCGUAUGGGAGAUUAAUUAUGCGUAAUUAUUACUUGUCAAGUGUACAUUGAUGGAAUAGAUCGGGUGCAUCGUUUGUGUCGAUUAACGAUUUUCUAUUACGUUCGUACUAAUGAUCGAUUUAGAAAUAAAUAAGAGGCGGUCGACGCAGAUACAAAUCUACGUCUGCGGUUCGACCGAGGACGCGAAUAUCCAUGGGACAUCUACAUGGUACAGUUGGAUCACCCGCGUACUGUGCGAUCCCUUUCGAAAGAAAUGGGACACGAACAGAGACAUAAUACACGUAAACGAAAUACCUCCGUCGCUUGUGUCGCCGACACAGAAAGGACCGCAAAAUAUCGAAGCUCAUCCGUUAACGAACAGUGUUCCUAGUCUCAUAAAAAUAUUACUGGUCUUCCCCAAAGAUGACCAACAAAUGGACGUUCUCGCCACCACUUCGAGGCGAUUGGGAUGGAGCGUGUCGGUGGCGAAAGACGCGGAAAAAGCGGUCGAAUUCUUUCAAAAUCGAGGUCACGAGCUAGUGAUCAUCGAUCAUCGGGGGCAACGCGCUGCAGAGGCCGAUACGAUUUGUAGGGCGAUUAGGUCUAGUCCCGCUUACCAUAAUUCCAUUAUUAUAGCACUUGUAAAGAAAUCGUUCCUUAUGCACGGCGAGAAAGAUAAAAUUGUGACGCUGGAUUUACUGGAGACAGGAUUCAGCAGAGCUCUAAUGGAGUGUUCCCACGAGAGACUCUUAAUAAACGAACUAGUAGGAAUUUAUGCUAGUGCGCUAUUACCAAGGACACAACUGGCGGCUGCCAACGCGCUGUAUGUAGCUCUUGACAGAUGCCGCGACAUGGUACACGUGACGAACGAUAAACAUAUUGUACAGUUUGUUAAUAAAAUUAGCGAGAAGUUACUAGGCUAUAAGACCAGCGAAAUCUUGGGGAAAAGCAUCGCGGAUAUAGUGGUCUACGAUAAUUUUGUUCUAAUGGAACAACACAUAAGCAAAGGCCGGGAAUUCGAAGGGAACAUGAAUUGUAAACGAAAGAACAAUCAAAUGAUCACAAUCAGUUGCAGGGUGAUACCUUUCAGUAUUAACUUGAAAAAACCGACUCAUUAUAUUUAUAUAUACGAUACGACGUACUUGUCGGAAAAUAUUGGCUCGCUCAGCCCGACUCCGUCACAGUCCGUGUAUUCGAGAGGAAACAUGAUUGUGUCUCAGAGAAGGACAUCUGAUAUGAAGUCCAGCGAGGGCCGCAGGCGGUCCAGUGCACACAAGUUACACAGUUUGCAAUUAGAUGCACCCAUUACAAAAGUGAUCAGCCUUCUUUCUAACGCGAUCACCGAAUCUACGACCCCUGAUACAGCAGCACAAAUCGAAAAGGCCAUUGAUAUUCUCAAAACUACCGAACUGUAUGUGCCAUCCCUAAGAGAAGAUACCGAUCCAGUAACAACCGAUCUCGUCGGGGCCUUGCUUGCCUCACCGAGGAAAGCGUGGGAAUCGAGGAGAUCAUCAGUUGAAUCGACGCGAGUUUCGAUGUCAAAGACUUUCACUACGACUACUGCCUCGCGUAUGCAAAUCAAAAGUUUCAGAGGGCCUCAGGAGAUCGCAGAAAUUUUGGAAAGAUGUUUGGAAUGGAAUUUCGAUAUAUUCAAACUAGAAAUAUUAACCGAAAAAAGGCCACUACUCUUUUUGGGGACGACCAUCAUGAAUAUGUACCGCGUGCCUGCCAGACUCGGUUGUGAAGAAAAGGUCGUACAGAACUGGUUAACCGUAAUCGAGAUGAAUUAUCAGAGUCGAAAUAGUUAUCAUAAUUCAACGCACGCUGCAGAUGUGUUACAAGCUACUGCUAGAUUCAUGCAGUCUGAAAGGCUGCAACAGAUCUUGGAACCUUUGGACGAGGUCGCGACUCUGGUUGCGGCUGCUGCUCACGACGUCGAUCAUCCGGGUAGAUCUAGUCAAUUUCUUUGCAACUCUGACAACAAACUAGCGAUUCUCUACAACGAUCUAUCCGUCCUUGAAUCACAUCAUGCAGCACUAACUUUUAAAUUAUCACUGUCGGAUGACAAUGUGAAUAUUUUCAAAAACUUGGAAAGAGACACCUAUAAACAACUUCGUCAAACAGUGAUAGACAUGAUCCUAGCCACCGAGAUGACGAAACAUUUCGAACAUCUGGCUAAGUUCAUGAAUAUUUGCAGUGCAAGGAUGAUGGACAGCCCACAAUUAGACGAUUACACGGACACCGUGGAUAUGUCAGUUGUGUUACAGCCAGAGAAUGUAGUAUUGGUUAAAAGAAUGAUGAUCAAAUGCGCGGACGUGUCGAAUCCGACUCGACCAUUGAAGUGUUGCGUCGAAUGGGCCAGACGUAUCGCAGAAGAGUAUUUUAAUCAGACUGACGAAGAAAAAAGGAUGCAACUGCCGGUACUGAUGCCAAUGUUCGAUAGAGCAACGUGUUCGAUACCAAAAGCGCAAAUCGGUUUCGUCGAUUUCAUUAUCAACGACAUGGUCGAGGCGUGGGAUGCAUUUAUCGACAUGCCAGAGAUGGUGGGAUAUAUGAGGCAGAAUUACGAGAAAUGGAAAGAAUAUAACCCAAAGAAGAUGAAAGAUACAGUGAUUGAGUCUUACUUUUGACACUUGUACUUACUGAAAGUUUAAAAAUUUUGUAAAUACUAAUAACAUAGUGCUUCAAUAUUAGUCUUGUGUUUCAAAUUUGACUUUUGCUUCUAGGAUCGUUUUGUAUUACUCUUUAAAUUCCUUCGCAAUUCUUUUAGAACUUCACGAGAUUCAAUUAUAUUAGAAAAACGGAGCAAAAUUAUCACUAAUCAGAAAGCUUAACAAAUUUUGUAACCACAAAUAGUACUGUGCUUGAAUUUCACCACUCUUGUUCCUUGAAUUUUACUCUCGCUUCUUGAACUAUUUUGUACGAGUAUUGUUCUCCGACUUCUCUCACUAUUCUUGCAAAACUUUACUGAACUCAGUUAUACUCGGUAAAUGAAACGAACUAUUUUCUUUAUCAAUUGUUAAAAAGUUCGAAAAUAUUAACGUCAUACAAUUAUUCUUGUGUCUUGAACUUCACACUUGCUUCUCAAACAAUCUCGUAUUAUUGUUCAACUUUUACUGCUAUUCUUUAAGGGCACUAUUUAAAUUCGAUUAUAUUCCAAAAAUAGAACUAUUUCUUUCAUGAAUAAGCGAAAAAGUUAAGAAAAUAUUGUACCGAGUUUCUAUUUCGUUGGUGAUCAGGAUCGAGGCAUAUCAACUUUACCGGACAUCGAAAAGAUACAAGAGCUCCCCGAACUUCGAAUAUACCAGCUACCUUCGUGACCCAUGGAAAUCAAUCGUCCCUCUUAUACUCUUUCGUCCGUCCCAAAAUACAAUAACCCCGUACAAACGAUUUGUAAAAUAUUCGUUAUAUUUAAGGAAUAGAGAUAAAUAAAUAUACGACACACGUCGUACAGUUGUAAGCCUUUUUUUAGAAAAUACAUGUAAUUCAACCACUCUGUCUUAUUACAUCCUUUCCUCUUCUUCUACCUACCCACUUUCGUGAAAGUCCAUCUAUUUUAGGCUCAUGACACCACGAAACGAAAUGGUUCGCCGUCAUGAAAAAUAUUUCUUUCUUUACUCAUUUCUUUUCCCGUAUGACGGUAAACAUAUCCCACUGAAAUUAUUUCCAACCGUGAAACCUAAAGAACUUUGAUCAUGCUCAAAGUUCAAGUACAUAACAGAGUUUAACAAUUAUUAUUUACAUUGGACCUUUUUAACCGUAAGAUGAAUUAAUUUCUCUUUCUCUUUUCUUUUCGUUAUACAAUUAAAUCUUGACCGUAAGCUUCAACUUAAUUUUUGCAUAGUUUUCAAUACACGUCAUUUCAAUUAUUAAUGUUUUAUCGAUGAACAUUUUAAGACUUUAUAUAUUCUAGGUUUUUCAACCCUAACGUUUAAGGAAAAAAUUUUAUUACUUUUUUUUUAUCCUAAGGAAGGAGAAUUGAGCUUAAUUGAAAAGAACUCGCUUGUUUUUUUUUUUUUUUUUUUUUGACGUCAGAUUUCACUUUAUUGUUUCUCUCAGCCAAUAAAAGGAAGUGGUAUGGGCCUAAACAGCUAGGCGAUACAGAUACUGUGUUACAUAAUUUGCGGAACGAAGAUACUAAUAUAUCGGAGUGCGUUAUACCUUUCGUUUUUGGAUCGACAAGAAUUUCUCGCGCGUGUGGAUUAUAUGCUCUCUCUUGGACAAAAGUUUUUAUGUUCGUCUCGACACAUUUCUUGUUACAGUUACACAUAGAGAAAGUCUAGUUUUUAAUUGUACGAUGCCUAUGAGGAAAAUCUAACACUCAUAAAUAUUGUUGCCGUAAUACGUCAAGUAUAUAUAUGUGUGUGUAGAUACAUCGUGUGAUGUCGGUAUAUAUGUAUAAUAAUAAAUGUUAAUUAAUAGUAAUGGAUCUAAAGUUAAGUUUCGUAUGCUGUAACGUAAGCAGCGGGGAAAAAAUGUAGCGCUUCCGGUGAAAGCCAUUACCGUGGAAGAUAACACUGACAAAUUGAUUACAAACUCGGUUACUAAGUCACAAAAAGUAAUACAAGUGUGGAUCGUUACAAAUUACUAAUUAAUAAUAUUUAUAUUAUAUAAUAGUAAUGUGUAUAUCAGGCAAAUUACCUCUUAGUACCUACAAGUAUUUCCUUUCUUUCUCUCUCUCUCUCUCUCUCUCUCUCGCUCGCUCGUUCUCUCUAACACACGAAUAAUCAAAGUCGUUUUAUCCAGUAUCAAAGAGACACGUUAAAA